AUGGGAAAUAUAGAUAAAUUUUACCAACUUAUCCAAAAAAAUAGUGAUGUAAAAGAAUAUGGCUCCUCUGCUGCAAAGAACAGGUAUAAGAUUGACUUUCAUGAUUCAGGAGGCUCAGAGAACCGGUCAGCGCAAGAACCGGAAAACUAUGCUGUAUAUAAGGCUGAGGAGACUACACAGAAAGUAAAUGACUGCAUGAAAAUUGCUGAAGUAAUCAGAGAAGAUGCUUCCAGAACUCUUGUAACCUUGCAUCAGCAGGGGGAGCAGAUUGCACGGACUCCUCAAACUGAUGCUAACAUUGAUCAAGACCUUAGCAAGAGUGAGAAGCUUUUGGGCAGUCUGGGGGGCAUUUUCUCUAAGCCUUGGAAGCCAAAGAAAAGUCGGCAGAUUAAGGGACCCCUUCCUGUAGUUACAAGAGAUGAUUCAUUCAAGAAAAAGGGAAACAAGGAACAAAGAGAAAAAUUAGGAUUAUCUUCAAAUCCUGGGGCCCAGCCACGAAGUUAUUCUGAACCCACAACUGCAAUGGAGAAAGUCCAGGUUGAGAAGCAAAAGCAGGAUGACUUCCUUUCAGAUUUAAGUGAUGUCCUGGGCCAGCUAAAGGAUAUGGCUCUUGAUAUGGGCACAGAGCUUGAGGGGCAAAACAAGGCUUUUGAUGGAUUGCAUGAUGAUGUGGAAGAACUGAAUGACAGAAUCAAAGGAGCCAACCAACGAACUCGGAGGUUGCUCGGGAAAUAG